UAAUAAUGAAAACAACAUUGGUGUUAAUCAUUUGUGGUACUACGAAUUGUAAUUGAUAUGGUUUUAGUUAUGUAUACAUUUGCAUCACAUGCUUACAUGUAUCCAUUCAAUGAAAACAAAGCAACAAACCUUGAGGAGUUGAAUUAGAAGUAAAUAGCGCAAUUAAUAAAAUAUAAUAUUGGGUUAGUUGAACAUAUCCCAUAAGAUUAAUAAAAGGCAUAUGAAGAAUUGAUAACGUAAUUGUUAAGGUUUAAAUGUAAUAGAUCGUUUGGUAAGGGUAAUAUCUUGACACCUACAGAAAUGAAUUAUAUAAUUCUUAUAGAGAGUGAUAAAUUAUAUUAAGGACAAGAAGGCAAAUAAUAAAGAAUAACUGAAGGAUUUGCAUAAAGUUUCAAAGUGUUAGAGAGAGAUUAAAAAUCUUUGAUGGAAACAUUAUAUGGAUAAUCAAGUAUUCUAUAAAUAUUAUUGUAAAAGCUGAUUCAUUAAUUUAAAAAGCUAAUGCAUUAUUUAAGAAUUAAAAUUUAGGUUUCAAAAUAUAUCAAAAUGAAAAUGAUUUGGAUAUUAAUUAUUUGUAAUGGACAGUAACACUUUAUUUAGGCAAAAACGUAAAUAAUUAUUUAAUUAUAGAAUGAAGUUUAUUUUUAUGAGCCAAAUAAAGACAAAACAUUUAAGAUUGAUUCUUCAUUAGAGAAAUGUGUAGAUACAUUCUUUGGAACAACCUUUGAUUAUUCUCCAAAAGAUUAGAAAAUCUAUAAAUACAAUACAAAUGAUAUGUUACAUAUAACAAAAGACAAUGAAUAUCAAAUUGUUGGUUUUUUAAAAGAUGUUUGUGCUAUGAAUAAACUUUCUACAAAUUUCAAAUAGAGUAAUAAGAGAUUUUAUAUUAAUUCUUAGAUAAUUCUCCAAAUAUGUUAUCUAUAAUUAAUAAAUCAAUAGCAAAAUUAGAAAAGAUUUUAACAGAAUAAGAACUUGAUCUUGUUUAUGAUAUGAUGAGAAUUGCUCAUAAAAAAGUAUUAAGAAAUAAUAGUUAUCAUCAUUUAGUUGUCCAAAAAUUUAAGAAAUAACUUUGAAAGCGAAGACUUAUUUGGUUUGAUAUUGAUUGAAGAUGAGAAAAAUCCUUAAUUAACAACAACAAAUGAAUCAGCUAAAGUUUAAAGAAUAUUAAUGGAAACAAGAACUAGAAUGUUAAAUUAAGUUACUGUAUUAUAUAUGCAUAAUAUUAUUUAGCAAACUAACAGUAAAUACUAAGUGAUGGAUUCAACCACUUAUUAAAUAUAUAUAUGGUUUGGAGUAUUCUUUGUAAUUGUUCUUAUUGGUAUAAUUUAUGCAAUGGUUACCAUGGAUAUAUAAAAAGAUACCUUAUUAUAUGCUAAGUUUUUAACAACAGAUCAAAGAUGAGUAGUA